CUCCAGGGCACUCUUGAAUGCUCACAAUAAGAUACACGUGGUCAACGUUAUGAUUGUUCAACCAACGUAAACGUCCUAAUCAUUUUCACUAAAGUGAUACCGAAAAAGUGUGAAACUUCGUCGAAAAGGUAUCACAACCGGCUAUCCUUUUCCGAAGACUAUUAUCCGAUGGUAAUGUUCGCGAAACUCGACCUGGUAAAGAAGGACGCGGAGCCCGAGAGGAGAUCAACCAUAGCGAAGUGUCCGGAAGAAGGUGCGAGCGAAGAAGCAGGAAAUAAUUUAACGAUCGGUGCCAUUGAUGAUGAUGGAGAACGAAAGGUGAUAAAACAGGAGGUUGACGCUGACGACGAAGAGGAGGAUCUUUCUUUGACGUAUAACUGCAAGUUAUGCGGCGUUUUCUUUGCCAGUCAAACUCUUCUGGAUAAUCACGAGAUCGAGCACAAGGGUAAGCGUAAAAAUACUUGCGCUCAGUGUGGCCGAGUAUUUCGGACUUAUGUGAAUCUACGAAAACACAUGAAGAAGCAUAACGGUCGUAAGGGGACGCGUAAAUCGAGUGGCACCUCGAUUGUUAGCCGAUCUACGUCUUUGAAGAAGGUCAAGAAAGAAAAACCGGAGUUGGAGUUACUAUGCAAGACAUGUAACAAAGUUUUCCGACACAAGAGCAAUUACCAAAAACACUUGUUACGACAUACCGUAGGUGAUCUCACUUGCAAACACUGCCCGAAAAAAUUCCGCCUCUUUCGUGAUCUCACUAGGCACGAGAAGACUCAUUUCUAUCCGAGUUACAUGUGCAAACAAUGCGACUACGAGACUACAGUGUUAGCCGCUCUCAGCAUUCAUAUGUUACGGCACACGGACAAGGCCGAUCUACCGUUUAAGUGUAAUGAAUGUGACAAACAUUUCCGCAAGGCUAUCGAUUUGCAGGAACAUUACAAUAUUCAUUCCGGUGACAAGCCGUUUGUUUGUCAAGUCUGUGGAACGGCUUUCUAUCUGAGAAGACAACUUUCAGCACAUUGUCGUCGAAUGCAUCCAGAAAUGAAGGCCAAUAAGGUUACAAGCACUGCUUGUGACAUAUGUGGUCGUGUUCUUGCCACAAAGAGGUCAUUAUUCCGUCACAAGGAGAGUCACAAUCCGACUAAACUCUAUCUCUGCGAUUACUGUGGGAAAAGUCUUAGCAGUGCUGAACAUUUGAAGAAACAUCGACGAAUUCAUACCGGCGAAAAACCUUACGUAUGUGACAUAUGCGGAAAGGGAUUCACCGAUUCGGAGAAUCUCAGGAUGCACAGGCGCGUUCACACCGGUGAAAAACCAUAUAAAUGCGAUCAGUGUCCUAAAGCUUUUUCACAGAGAUCGACUCUAACAAUACAUAGACGUGGCCACACUGGGGAGAGACCUUAUGUCUGUCAGAUCUGUCAUCGUGGUUUCUCCUGUCAAGGUAAUCUCACAGCACACCAGAAGUCUACUUGUGUUUAAAAAUAAACAAAUAAAUAAAUAAAAUAUCUAUACUCGAUCAAUAAUGACUUUUUUUGCGAUGAUCAAUCGAAUUAGAUUUUUGGUGUCUCUGUCGUUAUCUGACAAGUAUGUAUGUGUGUACGUUUGCGUAUAUAUGCAGUUGAGUAUAUGUAUGCGUAUAUGUGUUCGCUAAACAAAGUUUAAUUUACUUAUCGAUCAAAUGGAUUUUCUCCAACUAAUUUUGUAGUUUCGUUUUCGAUUUGUAUAUUAAUUCGUACCUGUAUUCAUUUUUCCUCGAGUUUCUUCACUUUUUUUUUUUUUUUUUUAAUGUACGUUUCGAAUUUUUGCCGUUAUUUUUACUUUGUAAGACUGUGUUCCACGGCUUCCUUAAUGUGUAAUGUUCUAUUACUCUCCUUUUGUAUAUUCGUCACAAAUCUAACAAUUAUUCUUUUUUUUUUUUUUUUUUUUCAAUACGUUAUAAGUUCAUACGUUUUUUAAAAGCGAUCGAAAUGAAUUUGUAAAUUAUUUAGAUAUAUCAAUAAUAAUUAUUUUAUUAUUAUUAUUAUUAUUAUUAUUAUUAUUAUUAUUAAUAUUAUUAUUAUCAUAGCUUAAUAAAAUAAGGAUUAUAUAUAUACAUAUACCGAAGCAAGCGAGUAUAACUUAUCAUCUUAUAGAUUUUUACUCGCACCAGAGAAAAUGCUUUCAUUAUGAGAAUAAUCGAUCUUCUUGAGUCUUCCUUAAGAGUGUGAUUCAUCGAUCAUUGUAUAUAUCAGAGAUCAAAGAAAAUUUAAAUGCAAAAGAGAAAGUGUAAUGAACGAAUGAAUGAAAGAAUGAAAGAAAGGAAGGAAGGAAUAAUUACGCAUUUUAAUCUGGGAAGAAAAGGAAUUGUGUUAAUUGAACUGUUUUGUGUCGAAUUAGAAUCCCUUUAAAAUUAGCUAAGAGUAAAUGGAGAAUAUCUCAACAUGCCUUCAAUCACACAACGAAGAGUCAAAUGCGAUACGCUUGAUUAUAUUCAAAGAAGAACUUUGAUGAAAUAAAUUCAUACGAAUCAAUUGUAUCAUCUUAUACGUCGUAAUUGAUUUUAAUUGUUUAUUAAUGGAUUUUAUUUUUUUUCUCCUCUUAGGAUAUUUACGAGUUAAAUAAAAAUUCUCGUUCGUGAUAGUAAUCAGUUGAAUGUGUGUUAAGAGCGAAGUGUGUAUGCUUUUAGUAUAGUUGAUAACUCGAAGCAGUUACAAGAUUUUAUACCAUUAUAUAAAUUUGCGUAAUGUAUGAUAAAAAAUGUGUGGAUAAAGAAUGGCACUAAGGUAUCGUAUAAGUGAGUGAAAGUAUUCGUAAAUUGAUAUGCUUGAAUGUAUAUACAAAAGUUUAGAUUUUAUCGUUAAAUAGUUAUGAUGAUUAUGAUUAUAAUGAUGAUGAUGAUAAUGAUGAUGAUGAUAAUGAUGAUGAUGAUAAUGAUGAUGAUGAUGAUGAUGAUGAUGAUGAUGAUGAUGAUGAUGAUGAUGAUGAUGAUGUAAGGUAUGUGACAGUUAAUCGAGAUAAAUAAUAAUGCAAAGUUAAA